AUGAAAACAUGGAAACAUUCAAAGACACACCAUUCUCCUUUAGACACCUUUAACUGUGCUUUUAUAAGCAGUGCGUUGUGUAAAAAACUGAAGUAUGGGACAGAGAGCCAGGAUUGA